GCCAGUCACAUGCCAUCUUCACUGUCACACUAUUAAUCUUGUCAAGCCAACGUUCAUCGGGACUCACGUUGCCAUUGGGACAGACCUGCACCGAAACAAAGUUAGCUCGGACUUCCCUGAGUCAUACCCCUUCACGUGACCGAAUCUUAUUAUUUGUACUUGUUGAAUUCCCAAGCCGUCGACAAACAUCCAUUCAUUGUCACAUCUGCAUUCCCGAAGACAUGCAGGACAGUGCGAAUGCUUCCCAGCAGCUUGGCCUCGACUCUAUCACUCUGGGUCAGCUCAGAGCUAUGGUCUCGUCCGCCCCAAAGCCAAAGCAAUCUUUUUAUGACUUCCGCUACGACGACGAGGAUACAGUAAUGGAAGAGUUUGAUGAAUUUUAUUCGUACGUAGAAAUGCCCCAGGUCGCCGAAAAUUUAAAGGCGUGGCAAGGCUCGUUCACCGGAGAAUGGACAAGUCCAGAAACCACCAUUGCUCAGAGAAAGGCCCAUGUCGAAGUCCUCCUGGAAGGCCUUGAGCACCGGGAUGCCGAAAUAAGAUUUACCAAUGCACGCCGUCUGUUUUACGUGCUACAAGGUACUUUUGCCGAAACUACGUCACCAGAACAUCAGCUGCACUGGAUUUACGAAAAUUGCAAGGUGGUCCGGGGUGCUAACGGCUUGAAUACAAUUGUAGAGUCUAUGAAAAUCGCCAGUCAGAAGCAUGACUUGCUCUGCUCCCUCUCCGAUGCGGACGCCGCCCGCUUCCAGAUCACACCCACCGAAAAGACCGAUUUCAUUGAAGAAUUCACGACGGAGAUUUCUGUUUACCUAGGAAUGAUGUACCAUAUCAUCGAAGUGUUCAAGGAAAGAGAUGACUUUCCAGACGAACUCAUGAGCAUGGAUCCCCCCUUACCAGUUUACCUCUUCAACGUCGUGUCCGGGUUGAAGGACAAAACUGCCAAGGGGUAUCCGAUCAAGAAGCUCCUUCUUGUUUUGUGGAAGACGCUCCUCGCUUGUUGCGGAGGAAUAAGGGAUUUUGACCGCGUGAAGAAGCUUGCGCGAGAGCUUGCGUCGCUUCCUCCAGUACCUGACGAAGCUAUCCCCAUCAAAUGUACUCCACUUGACAUUGAGGCCUUUCGUCAGGAAACCUCCGUCAAGUAUCCAACAUUCACAGUUCCACCCACCGGAGAACUGCCCUCUGACAAGCCUUCAGUAAUUGGCCCUCCCUCUAGGCUGGCACAAGCGUACUCCCCUAUCCCUGUCCGACAUCAUUACCAUCACGACGAGUCCGACCUGCAACAAGCAGGGCUGCCCAACGUGAUCAACCAAUCAUUCCAGCAACAAGCUCCAAAUAUGAGUUUUCGCCCUAACACGCAACCCCUAACACCUGCACCCUCGCCCCCACCUUCCCCAAAGCCCAAGAAGCAGCAAUACCAGACAGACCAAAACAGACCAUUUUUGUUUCCAUUCUCUCGAAAGAGUAGAUUUGGGCUCAACAAGGAUCGACUGGUGCCGUUUGCUAUUGACGAAGCCGAUAAGCUGUAUAGCAAACACAUGUACGUGAGCCUGUCACUAUGGCAGAUGUGGCGAACGAGAGAAGAGUGUAUGACUGCUGAAAGCGGCCUGGAACGCAUGCCCGGGACUGAAGGCAGCGUAGAGCCGCCGAGGGUCACCCCAGGUGAUCCUGAAUCUGCGGAGCCCCUACCUGACGUCGCAUUGCUGGACAGCAAAAUCGCUGAAGCAGAAGCUGCUAUUGCAGAGGCCGCUACUAGUAGUCAGGAGCGCAAAGCAAGAGAAAGGAAAGAAGACCUGAUGCGCUUGAGAAGGGUUGAAGUGAUCUAUAGUUCCGUUCUCCCCGUGCUACCAGGUUGGGUGCUGACCUUACUGAAGCUACUCCUCGCGACCGUAUCUGCUGCUGGUAAUCAGCAACAGGCCCCCCAAUCGUCAACAUCUUCUGUAUUCCCUCCCGGCGUUGCUUCUCCAUCAGAACAGCCGCCUCCUCCUCCCCCCACCCUUGAUGAAAUUGAUGUUACACGUCAUCGCGAGAUCACUUCCAAGGCGGUGUCUGCCAUUCUCCUACUAACCAUGAAGUGGUUCAAGGUAUCUCAUGUGAUGAAGUUCCAUCACCUUGGACAGCUUCUGCUCGAUACAAACUGCUUACUUCUCAUUCUCAAGUUGUUUGGUCUGCAGGAAAUUGCGAAUUCUAUUGUGUCCAAGGCGGACUCCCCAAAUUACAAUUUCUUCCGGUACUGCCAACUACAUCAUGCACGAGCGCGCUCCUCUAUGGAAGACGAGAAGCCACGACCGCCGUCACAGAUCGUCCUUCUGGUUAAGACCUUACCGAAUGGCCAGAAGCAUGAAGAGGAGGUGGAGAUGCUGAACGAGUUUUCUUGGCGCAAUUUUUUCUCUGCUAUCAAUUUUGCAAAAGUUAUGCAGAAGUUGUCCAAGAACCGCUCACAUCGAAUAUGGAUGCUUGUUCAAUACAAGAGCUCUGCUGUUUUGAAGCGUGUCCUACGCGUGUCUCAUCCCAUGCUCCAGCUUCACGUCCUGAAACUCAUCAAGAGCCAGGUACCUUUCUCUGGUCGGAAGUGGCGUCAAUCUAAUAUGAAAGUGAUCACCUCUAUAUACCUGAACUGCCGACCAGAUCUCCGUGACGAAUGGCUCACAGGCAAUGAAGUUGAUGAUCUAAGCGAUGCUCAGGCCCAGGAGUACGCGCUGCGCCACCUGGUCAAAUUCUACAACAGCAGGCGAUACGGCGCUCAAGCUGCGCAACAUGCCCAAGCACACAAACGAUCCGUCAGUAUGACGCACAACAUGGAUGGCUUACCGCCGGGUCUGGAACUGAGCAAUAUUAUCCGGCCAUUGGGCACGCCAAACAUUGUCGAAGCAGAUGUUUUCCCUCCACCGCGCUCGCAGGCGCCUGAUCCGUCGAUAUUCCUGCCGUAUACGACGGAGGAUCUCGCGUUCGAAGAGGAGUAUGAAGAAUAUUUAUCCGAUCUCGGUUGGUCGGACGAGCAGAUGUCCGGCACGGUACCGCCCUCGACAUCUUCGACCUCAGCAUGGUCUAGGUUACCCGAGUUUGUAUCGACUAUGACGGACAAUAUCAGUGACAGCGAGAGUGUGGUAUCUAUUGGCGACCUCGGUGACGACACAAGACUUGAAGGCAGGGACGACCGCGACAUCCCCGAUGAGAACAUGAACAAUUGGGAGCAUUUGAGUCCCAAGACUAUGGCCGCCCUCCCCAAGUCUCCAGCAGGCAAUCGUCGCUCCAGUUCGGGAACUGGACUCCGUCCCGUCCUGCCUUUCGGUCUCGAUGAUGACAGUGCCCUGGACCUUGGAGAUGACGAGGAAGGAGAGGUUGGUCUGAUGCCUCGGGAACAGUCUGGUCCUUUCGCUUCCGGAGGAGGCGUCGAUGAAGUCGAAUAUGCUUAUGGGUGAGUCUUGCGAUACCCUUGGAAACGACCUGAUCUCACGAGUAACGUAGUGUUUAAUGUAGUAGACAUUACACUGUAUUCAGCGCAAAUACACACUACCUUGUCUGGACAUUAGGCCUGUGAGCUUGA